AACGUAGUGUAUUUGUUACUAUUGACGCGAACUGUAAAGUAUGCGCUUAGGAUUAGCAAACAUUCUGAUUUUCUUAUUUCUUACAAUAUCACUGACAUACACCUAUCAUUUCAAAGCAAAUCAACGAUCACCUGUUAUAUUAAUUCCAGGAGAUGGAGGUAGCCAAGUUGAAGCAAAAAUCAACAAAACUUCUGUUGUGCAUUAUGUGUGUGAAAAAGUAUCGUCAAACUUCUUCAACAUUUGGUUGAAUUUGGAACUUCUAGUUCCAAUAAUUAUAGAUUGUUGGAUCGAUAAUAUGAAACUUCUGUAUAAUAAUGAAACAAGAAAGACUACGAAUUCCGAUGGGGUGGAAAUUCAAAUACCAGGCUGGGGAGAUCCUUUUGUAGUGGAGUACUUGGAUCCCAGUAAAGUUUCUCCUGGUUCUUAUUUUAAAGAUAUUGCCAAUAUGCUGGUCAAGGAUCUGGGAUACAUUCGCAAUGUUUCUUUGCGCGGAGCACCAUAUGAUUUUAGGAAAGGGCCGAAUGAAAAUAAUGAAUAUUUUGUUAAGUUAAAGAGUCUUGUUGAAGAAACGUAUGCAAUAAAUAAUAAUCAGCCUAUAACUAUGCUGGCGCAUAGUAUGGGAGGUCCAAUGUCCUUAAUAUUCUUACAAAAUCAAAGUCAAAAAUGGAAAGAUAAAUAUAUAAAGAUGUUGAUUACUCUUGCUGGAGCAUGGGGUGGAUCGGUUAAAGCUCUUAAAGUUUUUGCAAUUGGUGACGAUUUAGGGGCUUACUUAUUACGUGAAAGUAUACUUAAGGAUCAGCAAAUUACAAGUCCAAGCUUAGGAUGGUUAUUACCAUCCAAACUAUUUUGGAAAGAUAAUGAAAUCCUUGUUGAAACGCAAUUAAAAAAUUAUACAUUCGCUGAUAUGAGACAAUAUUUGAUAGAUAUAAAUGUUCCGAAUGGUUGGGAGUUUCGCAAAGAUAACGAAAAAUUUCAACUAAACUUUAGCCCACCAGGAGUUGAACUUCACUGCUUGCAUGGAAUAAGCGUUGACACUGUUGAAAAGUUAUUUUAUAAGCCAGGGAUGUCAAUAGAUGGUUACCCACAAUUGAUAACAGGUGACGGAGACGGCACUGUAAAUUUAAGAAGCUUAAGAGGCUGUACAUAUUGGAAUGACAAACAAAAACAAAAAAUUUACUACCAAUCAUUUCCGCGCAUAAAUCAUAUGGAAAUUUUACGUAACAGUACAGUACUUGAUUAUAUCAGAAAUGUUUUAAAAUUUUAAAAUUAAGCUCGGUCGUUAAAAUUCAAUUUUGUAUGCCUCGUGAGUCAGAGAUUAAUUUGCAUGGGCUAUUAUGACUACACAUAUCUCUUGAAAUUAUUCUCUUUUACGUAUUUGAAUGAUUUUUUAAAAUUCUAAAUAAUUUUUA